UUCUGACUCUUUAGUGCCAUCGUCAAGUGAACAUGAAUCCUGGCUUUCGACCCACAGCAGUUUUCUAACUGUUGCAUUUCUGCAGCCUUUCAGGAUGUCUAAUCACAAAGGAAGGCUGUGAUUCUCUGGUAUCUGCUCUGAAGUCGAAUCCCUCCUAUAUGAGAAAACUGGAUCUGAGCUACAACAAUCCAGGAGAGUUAGGAGCGAGGAUCCUCAGUGAUGGAGUGAAAGAUCCAGAAUGGAAACUGCAAUCUCUCAGGGUGGAGCCUGCUGGAGAACGAUGGUUGAAACCGGGUCCAAGCAAGUAUUCCUGUGAACUCACGAUUGACACAAACACAGUAAAUAAAAACAUCAAACUGUCUGAAGACAACAGGAAGAUGACCUGGUUGAAGGAGAAUCAGUCAUAUCCUGAUCAUCCAGACAGAUUUGAUGAGUGGCCUCAGCUGCUGUGCAGAGAUCCUCUAACUGGUUGUCGCUACUGGGAGGUUGAGUGGCAAGGCAGAGUUGCGAUAGCGGUGAGUUACAGAGGAAUCGGAAAGAGAGGAGACGAGAAGGAUUGUGUCUUUGGGAGGAACAAACAGUCCUGGAGUCUGGAGUGUUUUGAUGAUGGUCGGUAUUCUGUCAUUCACAAUGACAGAGAAGUCGCAUCUUUCUCCUCAGUUUCUAACAGAGUAGUAGUACAUGUGAACUAUCCUGCUGGGACUCUGUCCUUCUACAGUGUCUCCUCUGACAGACUGAAGCACCUCCACACCUUCAACAACACGUUCACUGAACCUCUUUAUCCUGGAUUUAGGCUCUGGCCUGAUUCUUCAGUGGCUCUGUGUUCAGUUUAGUGCAAAUGUAUUUGGCUCAGGAGCCAAACCGGGCCCGUACCAGAGAAAUGAAGAGUGUUUGUGUGAGCUGUUAAAAAAAAACAUGUAAAAGCCUUUACCAUCCAUCCAUCCAUCC